CUUUUCUGUUGUGCGGUUCGUUUCUAUACAAUUCUAGUGCAAAAUGCAUGAAACAAACGACAAUAAAGGAGCGCGCAAGGCUUUCUCAUCGACGAGCUCGUCGCGUCGCAGCAGCGGCAAUGGAAGCGCAGAAGGCAGCGCUUGUGGCAGCAACACGGAGCUCUUCGAGGUAACCACAAUGAGCAAUGAAGCAGCAGCAGCGGCAACAAAUGGCAACGCUGAGGUCGCUGAUGUUGCUGCUGGGAGUUGUUGCACGGCGAGUUGCAUGCCUGUUACGGAUUUCUAUAGUAAUGCCACGGUGCUCAUUACUGGCGGCACGGGUUUUGUGGGCAAAGUGCUAACCGAGAAAUUGUUGCGGGCCUUUGGUUUGCGUAAAAUUUACAUGCUGAUACGCAGCAAGGACAACAUGAGCGUGCAGCAGCGAUUGCAAGGAUUCUUCAAUGAGUCGUUAUUCAAUACAAUACGCGAGGAGAGCCCCGAGUUGUUGGAGAAGGUGCAUCCGAUACGCGCUGAUUACAGUGCCAUCGACCUGGACAUCGAUGCCGCCGACCGUGCAAUGCUCUCGUCUGAGGUCCAAAUUGUCUUCAACGUUGUCGCUUCGGUAAAAUUCAAUGAGAAGCUAAGCGAUGCUAUUGACAUUAAUGUCCUCGGCACCAAGAAGAUACUCGAUUUGGCCAUGCAAAUGAAGCAGUUAAAGUCAUUCGUACACAUUUCGACACUGUACUGCAACUGCAAUCGCAAAUUCAUCAAGGAGCAAGUGUACGAGAAUGAAAUUGGCUACGAAAAAAUCAUGCAGAUUUAUCGCACCUUUGACGAUGAGACGCUGGAAAAGCUGCGUCCCUGCCUCAUUGGCCAAAUGCCCAACACCUACACCAUGACAAAGAAGUGUGCCGAGAAUCUGGUCAAUCAUCGUGCUUUUCACUUGCCCGCUGGCAUCUUUCGACCGCCCAUUGUAAUGUCAACGUACAAGGAUCCAUUUCCCGGCUGGACUGAUAAUUUGUACGGGCCAUCAGGUUUAUGCACUUGGUCGGCCCGGGGACUCGUACGUUGCAUUUACGGCACCGCCAACUGCAAGGCGAACAUGGUGCCCGCCGAUUAUGUGGUGAAUGCAAUGAUAGCAUCCGCCUGGGAUAUCGCUCGAAGAUUCGAACAGCGUGAGAAACAACUCGAUGGAAAAUCGGAGCUGCCCGUCUACAAUUACGUCUCCGAUGUGAACAACAUAACCUGGGGCCAGUACAUGCACCUGUCUCGUCAAGGAUUUCACGAGCCAUUCGACAAGGCGCUUUGGUGCUUCUCGUACGUUAUAAUACCAUCGAAGCCUCUGCAUUGUGCAAUUGCAUUUUUCUUGCACAAUAUCCCAGCUUAUAUUUUAGAUUUAAUUGCCAUGGCCACCGGACAAAAGCGCAUGUACGUGAAGGCAUAUCGUAAAAUCUCGCGCAUAAUCAAUAUGAUGUCCUGGUUUGGCCUCAAGGAGUGGAAGUUUGCCCAUCGCAACAUUGACGAAUUGAACGAACUGCUGCCAGCUGGGGAGCGUGAAAAGCUGCAGUUUAACAUAGCAACGAUUAAUUGGAGCGAAUAUUUUCGUUCGUAUCUGAGCGGCAUCAGGCGCUACUUCUUUAAGGAUAACGCUAACGAUAAUAAAUUACAACAGCGCAAAACUAUUUAUCGCAGGAUGCUGCUGCUGCAUACGCUGCUGAAGACGACAUUUGGUCUUUCAUUAAUUAUGUGCAUACUGCGCUUUUAUCUGCGCAUUUUCAAAAUUAUGCCAAGGAUUGCGCUCUAAGUCCUGCGAUCUGCGUCGACCGAGCUCUCCUGCUGCUGCUG